CCAGCCUGACUAUCACUCCUAACACACAGCUCCUUCUCCUGCAGGCUCAUCCUCACAGGUGGAUGCCCCAGGGACCCUCCCCACCAGCACAGGGGCUAAUUGCAGGACCGAAGCCCUACUGGUACCUUUUUUCAGUAAAGCCUCCAGGGGUGAAAUUGGCUGGGUUCUCCCUGCUCUGCAAACAGCCUGAGUCAUUUUCAGGCAAGGAAACACUCCCUUGCUGCUGCAGGCGGGGCAGAGUGUGAAUUCAGGAAAUUGAAACUAACCCUGAUCCACUGCCCAGAGGGAGCCAUGGCUGCAGAGAACCCCGUGGAAAGUCUCCAGGAGGAAGCGACAUGUCCCGUCUGUCUGGAAUAUUUCACAGAACCAGUCAGUGUGGAGUGUGGGCACAAUUUCUGCCGAGCCUGCAUCAGCCAGGGUUGGGAGGGAUCCGAUACAGCCGCCUCCUGCCCUCAGUGCAGAGAAACUGUGCAACAGGGAAACCUCAGGCCCAACAGGCAACUGGCAAAUGUCGUAGAACUCGUCAAGCAACUGAGUUUACAGGCAGCAAAGGGAGCAGGAGGGGACAGGGUGUGCGGGGAGCACCAGGAGGCUCUGAAACUGUUUUGUGAAGAGGAUCAAACCCCCAUCUGUAUGGUGUGUGACAGAUCCCGGGCUCACCGCGCUCACACGGUGGUUCCUAUCCAGGAGGCUGCACAGGAGUACAAGGAAAGAAUCCAGGCCCAUUUGAAAACUCUGAGGGAAGACAGAGAAAAGCUGCUGGGAUUGAAAGCGACUGGAGAGAGGAAUUGCCGGGAAUAUCUGAAACAAACACAAACCGAGAGGCAGAAGAUUGUGUCUGAAUUUCAGCAAUUGCAGCAGUUCCUGGAGGAGCAAGAGCGACUUCUGCUGGCCCAGCUGGAGAAGCUGGACAAGGAGAUUGUGAGGAUCCAGAAUGAAAAUCUCAGUAAACUCUCCGAGCAGAUUUCCUGUCUGAGUGAGCUCAUCAGUGAGCUGGAGGGGAAGUGUCAGAAGCCAGCGAGUGAAUUCCUACAGGAUGUCAGAACCACCUUGAGCAGGUCUGAGAAGGGGAAGUUUCAGCAGCCGGAAGAGAUUUCUCCUGAAGUGGAAGAGCGAGUCAGUGAUUUCUCCCAGAAAAUGAUUCUGCUAUUGGACAUUCUGGGGAAGUUCAAAGACACUCUGCCGUCUGAAUUGGAGAGAAAAAGAGGAGAAUUCUUUGGAGCACACAGACAGGUUAAUGUGACUCUGGAUCCAGACACGGCUCAUCCCAAACUCAUCCUGUCUGAGGAUCGGAAAAGUGUGAGACGGGUAGACACGCGGCAGGAUCUUCCCAACAACCCUGAGAGAUUUGAC